AUGGACUUCGUCGACAGCUGGGGCGAGCUGCGACAAAUCGUAGACGGGCUGAAGAAGAAGCAGUUCAUCCAGAAACCCAAUCAUGGUCAGGCGAUACAGCAGAUUAGUCAUUUGGCUACGAAAAUGAAAGACGAAGAACUCGGCGCGCAAUCGAGUAUUUGUCAUUGUGAGUUAGCACAAAUUUACUCGAAAAUGGGCGACCCAAACGAAGAAAGGAAACAGUGGGAAAGAGCGGCAAAUGAGAUGAAGCUGGAGGAGAAGAGGCAUCAUCAUAAUAAAAGCGGAAUCACGUGUCCUUGGAGCAGUGAUGCCUCUUCUUGCUACGCGAGAGCUAUCAAAAUUCUGAUGGAGCUGAAGAGCUUGAAGCUGGCGGGGAUGGUGUCACUGGAGGCAGCCAAACACUCCCUGGAAGUCGAAUCGUAUAUUGCCUCGAUUGAACAUGCUAAUAGAGCUGUCCGACUUUUUGAAGGCGAACGGUUAUGCGGCACGGAUGCCCUUAGGGUCCUGGCCACGGCUCAACUAAAGGUCGGCCAAAUCGAAGCCCUCCUUGACACGCUCGAUCAGCUCUGGACGCUGGCGAUGAAGGCAUGGUGGAAUAGCACCCCGAUGGGGAAAGAAGUGCAAAAAGAAGCUGAUAUUGCUACGAUGCUCGUGAUUUGUAACCGGAAGCCACGACAAGGACGGCAGAAGGCAUUGAAGCAAUUGUUUGAAAAGGGCGUGGAAUUUGAUGAGGCCGGCUUCCCGAAGGCACCCUCCGACUCGGCACUCUCGACCUCGGAAUUCCUUGCAGUGGCCGGGUUGUGUGGAUGCGUGUCAUUGAGCCAGAAAAGCCUCGCAAUGGAGAUGUACAGUAAGCAAUGCCACGCCUUCUUCUCCGACCUCUGCAAAGGAGAUUUUCCUGUGGCAAAU